ACCAGCACCCGCAGGAUUACAAUAGAAAAACACCUGCUAGAGCUCUAGACUGCAGGUCAGCGCCAGCGGGCAAAACCGUUACCUCAUGAGUAGUCUAGCUCUGUGCGCGGGUGCCCAUUGCCAUGGUGACGAAUACUUAACAACAAGCGUCGUUACGUUAGAUACCUCAGCGUCAUCAGUCUGCGUGAAGAAAACCCUCAACUGGUAAACACGAAGAUAACUUAAAGCUUCUGAUGUGUGAGGGACCUUCAACAAUAUCUGGGCCAAUCCCCCAAGAUCCUUCAUUGUUUCCUCAGUACUACAAACGACCGGCUUCAGCACGUGGCCGUUUAGAGGGAAACCCCAAUGGGACUUUGGCCCUGCUGUCAGGGCCUCUUGUACCAGACCCUGUGUUGUACCCCGGCUGCUACAGUGCUCGUACCCCGGCUCACCCUCGCCGUAUCGGCCCCGGUGCCACUCAUAUUCUGGAACGAGGACAGAGAGGGGUCGUGGGGGAGCUGCUCAAACUCGACGGCGUCGCCAUCACCCCUGUUCCCAGACAGAAGCAGCAGGUACACGACUUUGGUAAGGAGAACGUGCGUCGGCUCAGGGAGAUCCAGAGACGCUGCAAGGAGCAGGAGGCUGAGAGAGCACACUCUGGUCCGGUUCCUGUGAAAGCUCUUUGGACCGCCUCCAAGUAUCAGGAUAUUCCAUCCAGGGUGAUGGUCCAGCUGCAGGUUUCCAGUCCAACUUCUAAACCACAGUGUCAAAACUUUCUGAAAGCUCACUCGACUGACCCCCCAAGGUCGCGCUCCAAGACCUCUCCGGUAGCUUUGCGACGCCUGGCCUCCUGCAACUCCAUACUGGACCAGAACUUGCAAUUACAGCUGCAGGGCCAGACGAUAGACUUUGUGAAACACAAUGCCCGCUCUGCUGGAAAAACGGUGCUGCGUCGGUCCCAGUCGCUGAUGAGCCUCAGAGAGAAACCCGUCCCCAGUGCAGUCAAGGGACAGGUGCCUCAGUAUCUUGAGGAAAGGAAGGAGCAGUGGCAUAAAGAGGCAGAGGAGAGGAGGAGGAACACACCCGAUCCCUCAGUCCCAGCUGGUCACACCCUGAUGCGUGAGAGCGAGAGACAGGAAACUCUGAAGUCCCUCAAAGAGACCCAUCACUCCCUUGUGGCCGAGCUGUUGUCCCUCUCUCUGAAAGCCGACAUUCUGAGCGUUCAAACGCGUCGGGCUCAUCUUGAUUGCAGGCUCUCCGAAAUCGAGGAGGCCGUUAAAAUAUUCUCCAGGGACAAAGUUUACGUAAAAAUAGAUUCCUAACACAUGAUGAGGAGGAGGAGGAGGAGGAGGUCCUGUAAAUCCACUGCUUUAUUGAGAUUAUUUUUUAUUUUGUAGUUGCAUGAUGUAACAUAUUGCUGAACCUUGUAAAAUAGAUUGUUUAUUCAUUAUUAUUAAUUAAUAAUGUGUGGUCAACCAUUGAGGUUACUGAUAAACCGUUACUUAAAGACCAAUACACAUGCUACUGAACAAUAUGCAAACGUAUGCAGAUGCACUGUACAUGUAUCGUUAAUAACUGCUUGCGCAUGAAAGAGGAUUUGAUUGAAUGUGUUUUGCUUAGUUUUUGUGUAAAACUGGCUUGCGAUAAUAAUAAUGCAUAUUUUUGUGAAGUCCUUGUAUAUGAAUAUGUUGUAAGUAUUGUGUAUUAAAACGUACAAUGCAGUACAGUGUGUAGUACACAGCUUUGUAUGCCGCAGUCAUUUUAAAUCU